GGCAGCUCCCAAGCCUAGCAGAGCAGAGCUGCUUCCACUUCGCUUCGCUUCGCCGACUUUUCUUCUCGGCCUGAACCCGGAGCCUUGUACUCGAGGCAGGUGAAGGAGACUGAGGAGGAAGAAGCUGCUUAAGAAGCGGGGGAGGCAGCCCUAAGGAGAGGCGGAAGGAGCGCGCCUAAUUGGCUGCGGUUUCUUGCUAGGCGCGGGAGGCUUGGCCGCGGGACUUCUGACUCCGUUCCGCCGCGGGCACGAGCCGGACUCGAGGAAAGCAGGAGCGCCAACCGCAGCACUUCCUUUCUGCGGAUGUCCCAACCAAGCUGUAUUUGGUCCCAGAGAGAGAAGUCUCCAUGUAGUAGAACUCUAGCUACUCUACUACCUGCUUCAUCUUCAGACAGUGAUUCUGGUUGCGCCCUGGAAGAUUAUCCAGGUCCAACCACUGAGUUUCCUCCAUCAGAGCCAGUAUUGCAAAGCAUUAACUCUCAUUCAUCAACUACGGUCCCUACUGCUAUUCAGAAUCAGCUCCGUAUCAAAAUUCUCCUGCAUCAGCUGCCUCCACAAGACUGCGAUGAGAGAUAUUGUCCAUCCAUUGGUGAAGAGGAAAGAAAGCAAUUGCGCACCUUUGCUGCAUGGCGGCGACAGGAAUCACUGGGACAGGGCGUUUUAUGUCAUCUGCCUCUCACAGCUCAUGAUGACUUAUGCAGAAAUUGUGGUAAGACUAUAAUCAGAGGAGACCAGGGUGUACUUGCCUCUAAGCUAGGCGACCAGUGCUGGUGGCAUCCUACCUGCUUUGUCUGUCAUGUUUGCCACCAACCACUAAUAGAUCUAAUUUACUUCCAUCGAGAUGAGAUGAUUUUUUGUGGUCGGCACCAUGCAGAAUUUUUCCGCCCUCGCUGUGCUUCAUGUGAUCAGCUGAUCUUCACCUCUCAGUGUGUGGAAGCAGAAGGCAUGCGCUGGCAUGAAGAGCACUUUUGCUGUCUUGAGUGUGACUUGCCCCUGGGGAUUCAGCAAUAUGUGAUGAAGGGUGGACAACCCUGCUGCUGUACUUGCUUUGAGAGUCUUUAUGCAGAUAUCUGUCAAGCCUGUGGAGAGAUUGUUGGGGUCAACAGUAAACAGAUCAUGCUCCAAGGUCAACAGUGGCACAGCAAAGCCUCAUGUUUCUGUUGUAGCCUUUGCCAUAAAGCACUGCUGGGCCAGCCGGUCACCAUUCACAACGGUCUCCUCUUCUGCUCUGAGGCCUGUAGCUUGGAAAAGGAAUCAGUUUUGUCUUCCAGUGGCUCAGAUUCCUCUGACUCUGCUUUCAUCUCUGCUCCAUCCCCGGACUCCACCCCAAUUUCAAGAGCUAGAAACAGCAGCCCCGACUGCUCCUCUGAAGUUGCAAGAACCCAAAGAGUUGGCUGUGAGGAAAGGGCAGGUGCAGUUGUGACGGAAAGGCUUCACUCAUGUGGGAACUCCUCACUGUGUACCGAGAUUGGCAGCCAAGAGGAACCAUCAGUUACUUUCAGAAAGAGAACUAUCACCCCACAGCUUCAUGUAUUUGAUUCUGCUCAAGAGGAUGUACUAACCUCCAUCUCUCAUCCCAUGGACACAGCUUGGAGCACGAUAAUUGUGAGGGAUAACCACAACCUGAAAACAUAUUUUUCAGAAACAUCUCAGCAACAAGCAGGAGACUUUCACUUCAAAAGUAGACCCUCUGUAGCCUCACAGGCAUCUGUACUGAUCAUGGAUUUUCCAGACAGAAUACAUGAAGGUAGCACUGGAGAACAGGAAGCUACCAUGGAACAAGAUGAUGCCAAGUGCCUUACUUGCUCAUCCUCAUCUGACUCUGAACCAGAAGGCUUCUUCUUUGGGAAGCCAAUUCCAAAGCCUGGUUCCAGAUGUGUAGCCUUCUCCAACAUGGAGCAGGAAACACUUGGCAAAGGAAUGGGGUGGGCUGCCAGAGCAAGGGCCAACAGCAAACACUGUAGCAUAUCCUAGCAGACAGGCAAUGACCAAACAUCUGAAUAAAGCAAAAGGGGAAGAGAUAGUAAAUGGAAGCAGAUAAAUUUUCUGCAAUGACCCUUUUGAUAAUAGUUUUAAAAAUAGAGUAAAAUUAGUAUUAGGAAGGAACUGGCUCAAAGAGGCAUGCAUGCAUGUGCCACCCUCUUCCUGCUGCAGAGCUAAUAAUUCUACUAAGUGCAGAAAGCAGAUAAAGAGGACAGCAUCUGUUUUUUAGAUUUGGAUGCCAUGUGGAAUUAUUUCUGCUGAGUCAGCACUUUUUUAUUAAACCUAUACAAAAGUAGCUCCCAUCCUGGCUAUAAGAAAAAUCCCCAAACCCCUGUUUGGCCCACUCAAGAUUUCAAAAUUAGUUAUUAAGUAUUCUUCACCACAUAAGAUGCUAAAGAAAGAAAAAUGCUGCCUGCUACUCAGACUAUGGUCUGUAAUAUUUCGUUUUGAUGACAUUGGGGAAAAGGCUGCAGUAAUUCAACUUUGGCUCUGUCAAGUGCAGGGAGUAUUUCAGGCUGACAGGAUGAUUACUCCAGGUUUGCUACUGAAGAAACUAAUCACUUAAUGCUCUUUUACCUGCCCAGGAAUCUGUCACAGGUUUGAGCUUAUACUUGUUUUCUGUACUUGGAAAGAUGUUUUUCCAAAACAUUUUGCCACGAGUUAUUUCCAUGCUGACUCAGAUUUCCUAUCUCAGCAUUGCAUACAGCCUCAUUUGCAUGUCUACCGCUUACUCCCACACUCCAUCAAGACUGUAAUUAAGUGCACACUUGUGGCUGGAACAUUACAUCACUGUAACAAAUUGGGGCCUCCUAUAGCAGCAGCUGUGAUGGGACCUUACAUACUGUAUGUUAUUACCCAAGCUUGUAUGUUCUGGAAGUUAAAACAAUGAAAUAAAAUACAAUUUCUUAAAUGC